ACAGACCCUACGCCAUAUUUCCCAGCAGCAGGAAUCAUUUUUGUUCAAGGAAUUUGUGGAAUGAGUUAUGGUUUUCUAAUAUCUUCCCUGUAUGAUGAAGAAAUAGAAACAACACAAGUGGCGCUCGGAAGUGUUUUUCCUGUGCUAAUCUGUUCAGGUAUAAUGUGGCCACUUGAAGGCAUGCCACCAGUAAUGCGUUUUGUAAGUAACUUUACUCCAUUGACGCAGACUGUUGAAGCAAUACGAUGUAUCGCUGGCAGAAGUAUUUGGUUCUUUUCUUUAUUUUAA